AUAAGACCAUGCGCAUCGGGGUAUUUAGUGAGGUUCACGGGCUCGAGUUCUAAGGCCCGGGUGAUUAAAAUGAAAUAUAAAAUGGGUUUGUUUCGAUGAAGCGGGCCUUGCGCUUGAUCCGGUAUCAAGCGGUUUUAGCCACGUGUCAGUUGUUUACUUGAUGAAAGAUUUCGCGUAGAGGGGGAGGAAAGAAGGGUUUCCCCGUGUCUCUCCUCAUUUUCUCUUCUCGGAAAAAAAACUAGGGUUUGUGUGUGAGAGGCGAUUUUACGAGCGACGCCGAGUCUCUGAGUUGUUUGUGUGUGAAUCGACGACAGACUGUCUUCUCGACGACCUGAGAUGGAUCCCGCAGCAGAGAGAAGUCAUUCAAAGAAGCAAAAGGACUACGUCAACAUGCUAUCAUACACUUGCGAUUCUGAAUAUGGCAUUCCGAGAAGGUGUGCCUGUGGUGGGAGAAUCAUAGACGAGGUUCGAGUGAAGCAGGAGUACGAUACUCAACCCGGGAAGCGGUUCUUCACCUGUGCCAACUACGAGGCUGAUGGGUUUCACUACCGUCAGCCUUGGGUGAUUGGUGUCCAGGAGCAGAUCGAAAGCUUGACUAAGCGUCUGGAGGAGGCUGAGCAGCUGUUGAAUUUGAUUCCGAGUCUCAAAAACCAGAUUGAGACACUGGAGGCACAGGCUAGCGGGCUCACUCGGCAGGUUGAUCGCCUAACUGCGGAGGUUUAUAACUUGACGGUGCAAGUAGCUGACCUGGAGAAGCUCUGCUUCGAGUAACAAGCGAAGGUCACGGGUUGGAAGGGCAGGGUGUUGCAGGUCACGGGUCUGAAGGUUGCAGGUGAGGGUCAAGGAUGUAGGACUUUAUGUCAGUUUUUAAUCACGGAUGUAAAAUAGGAUGUACUAUGUGUAGGACUUGUCUUUUGCUGUUGAUUCGCUGAUGUAAAAUAUGUUGAUUCACGGAUGUUUUAAACUCUGCCUUCUCUAUAUAAACUAUGUCUUUCAGUUUGGUUUAAAAAUGUGUCUCAUUUCUCUUCUCCAUGUGUGUCUUUUAUUCUUACAACUGAGCAAAGCACACAAAGAAUCUGUCUCAUUUCUCUUCUCCAGUCUCUUCUCUACUCUAGUCACUUCUCUUCUCUUGUCUCUCACUUCUCUUCUCCAGUCUCUUCUCUACUCUAGUCUCUUCUCUUCUCUUGUCUCUCUAUUCUCUUCUCAUCGCAACAAACUGUGAGGUAAAGGGAAGUGAACGUGGUGAUCGUGGUGCUCAACCACUACUAGAGUAAGAGAAUUCAACAACAAACAACAGCUCCAAAUCAAGGUAAGUGUGAUAAUGCAACAAGAAUGUAGAUUAUAAAAAAAAUCUAAUAUAAUGUGAAAAAGAAUGUAGAUUAUGAAAAUGAUGAUAUAAUAAUGAAAAAAAUAUAGCUUAUGCAAAAUAUGAUAGAGUAAUGAAAUAAAAAUAGAAUUUAAAAAAAAAUCUAAUAUAAUGUGAAAAAGAAUGUAGAUUAUGAAAAUGAUGAUAGUUACAAAUCCCCUUUUGCCAUUUUUGUCAUUUUAGGAUAAAAAACAAAAAUGUCUUCCUCAUCAAGUGAUGAAGUUGAUGAAGCUUUAGAAGAAAUGGUUGACCAAGUAGUUGAUAAUUUCAUCGACUCAGUGAUUCAUGCUCACCCCAACAAGCACAAAAGACGGGCUUAUAUCGAAAGAGAUCGGGAACAAGGACACAAUCGGCUAUGGAACGAUUAUUUCAAGGAAAAUCCUACAUAUCCACCGGAAAUGUUUAGGAGGCGUUUUCGAAUGAACAAGCCUUUGUUCCUCCACAUUGUCGAACGUGUAAGUAAUGAAGUUCCAUACUUUCAGCAAAGACGGGAUGCUUGCGGAAGGAAUGGGCUAUCUGCACUUCAAAAGUGUACCGCAGCUAUACGUAUGCUGGCAUAUGGUCAAUCGGGAGAUACAUAUGACGAAUAUCUCCGACUUGGUGACAGUACAUCACGUUUGUGUUUGGCAAAUUUCACUGAUGCAAUAAUAGAAUUGUUUGGAAAUGAGUAUCUACGAAAACCUACAGCCGAGGAUCUUCAACGCUUACUCGAUGUUGGAGAGGUACGGGGGUUUCCGGGGAUGAUAGGCAGCAUCGACUGCAUGCAUUGGGAGUGGAAAAACUGUCCAACGGCUUGGAAAGGUCAGUUCACACGGGGUUCAGGAAAGCCGACAAUUGUCUUAGAAGCCGUGGCAUCACAAGAUCUUUGGAUAUGGCACGCAUUUUUCGGCUUACCAGGUACACUCAACGAUAUCAAUGUUCUCGAUCGGUCACCGGUUUUUGAUGACAUCUUACAUGGUCGAGCACCUAAAGUUAAGUUCAAGGUCAACAACCACACUUAUCGUAUGGCCUACUAUCUUACUGACGGAAUUUAUCCAAACUGGUCAACAUUUAUCCAAUCCAUCCCACUUCCUCAAGGUCCUAAAGCCGAGAAAUUUGCACAAAAGCAAGAAUCCGCCAGAAAAGAUGUCGAACGGGCUUUUGGAGUAUUGCAGUCGAGGUUUGCAAUUGUUAAAAACCCAGCUCUACAAUGGGACAAGGAAAAGAUAGGAAAGAUAAUGAGAACUUGUGUCAUAUUGCACAAUAUGAUUGUAGAGAACGAACGACACGGAUACGCUCAAAUAAAUACUUCUGAGUUCGAAUCAGGAGAGUCAAGCAGAAGUUCAAAGGUGACAACCAGAGAAAGUAUUCAUGCCGGUGAUAUGUUAGCCAUGCGCAGAGAAGUCCGAGAUCAAGAGAAGCAUGCUCGUUUGAAAGCUGAUUUAAUGGAAAAUAUUUGGCAAAAGUUUGGUGAUGAAGAUGAAUAAACUUUGUUUGUUUUUCUAUUUCUCAAUUUAUGUAAUCUAAUCUUUUAAUGUAUUGAAUAAAUAGUUUUCAAAAAUUUAAUAAUAUUUUAAAUAUUUUAUUCUUGUUUUCUGGAUAAUUUGAAUAUUAAAAAAAAAUAUAUAUAUUAUUAUUUUAUUGUUAUGAACUCAUACUUCAGGUUCACCAAUGCAGAAAAAAACAAUUACAGGUUCAUAACUAUUCAUGGACCCACAAAAAAAUAUUAAAAUAAACUUGUGAACCCCAAAGAGGGGUUCACCAAUGCUCAUG